AUGAGCAGUGCAAGUGCCAGCUCAAGUGAUUCCCCGCCCGUACAUUAUGGGAGGCAGGAUCUUGGCAGCUUCCAGCCGAUCGUGAAUGGGAAGUCAGCUAAGUUGUGUGACUUCUGGUCGAGGAAUGGCAACUGUGUUCAUGGAGAGCACUGUAGGUUCUUGCACGACCCCUCAGUUGCUCCGAGGCCUCUGCAGCUGGACAUCAGGUCAAAGAGAUCCAGGCCGAACGUUCAAAGUCUCCUGCAGCUUCACAAGGGCAAUGACAAUGACUUGAUCAGCCUGGACUUUCCACCUCCGAACAUCAACCUGAAUGCGACUUCACCCAACAUGAUCUUGGCAAACGACACAAGACCUUUUUCCAAGAAGAAGCAGCGAGUUUGCGAUUUCUUCCUCAAGUAUGGUAACUGCAGACAACAGGAAGCUUGCAGGUUUCUGCACCUUCGACUGGAGGACGUUGUCCAACAAAACGCGUUGCAGAUCGUUGCUCCAGAGCAUCACAACCAUUCCUUUGGUGAUUUGCCACAAGGACAAUCUGCGCUUCAUUCUUUUGAGGUGCAACACAAUCACAAUUCUCUGGGUAGCAAUGUUGGUGGUUCAGAUUUCCAACCUCUGCCAGAUCUUAUUCGAUGCGAUGAUGACGAAGCUGCCCAGUUGUCUCAGAACCAGCCUUUCCGGCAUCAGCUCUUGGAAAGCCCGGGAGAGCAAGCACUUGGGCUUGCAGGACAGCGACUUCCCUUCAGUUCUACGGAGAAUGGAAGCCCUACUUUCAACAUGGAAUCCAGGGGGACCAGAGGAGACGGGUUCAAGCGGUAUGCCUCCCGAGAAGCUCCAAAGCUCAAUUAUGAAUCGGCCUUUCAUGCAAUACCCAGGCCCUUGUCAUAUUUUCCGAGCUCGCAGUUCCCACUCCCGGAUACAUUCACAGACUCGGACUUUCGGAAUUCCUCGGUCAAAGAAUUUUCUGCGCUCUGUGGACGGUCUGCAACGCUGCAGCAUGACGACGCCCUUUCGUCGAUUCCGUUGUGGGCGGAAGAGCCGAGGGCUCAAAGGAACAUGCAGGCCAGAAGUGCCACCAUGCCGAAGCCAUCCUACAUACCAGGAGUUGCUCGCGCUAUGGAUGGAAGCAUGUGGCUUGUGUCUCCUGAUGGAUGGGCUGUGUUAAGCGAAGCGUCUAAUUCAUCCACGAUGAAUGUUGGCCGGCGACGACUUUGCGAUUUCUUUUGUAAGCAUGGCAAUUGCCGGCAUGGCCUUACGUGCUCAUUCCUUCAUGUCACGGAAAGUAUGCCGGUGGAGGACUACAUUGAGGCCAGAACAAGGAAAAUGGAUCUUUCCAAGUUUCAGUGA